CGAUAAGUUGAGAGUUUCGACACGGCCUCUAUUGACUUACAAACCGGUAUCGUGAACGCGAAGAAAUUGAUAAGUUUAAAGACGCGAGUGUUUAUACCUGUUAAGGAACUAUAUGUUCAUUUAUGAGAACUUCCAAAAACGCACAGUGAAUUGAAAUGACAUUUUGUGCCUCUUGAAACAAAGUGACUGUUAAUUCACCAAAGUGUCCCGAGAGAUUAACAGAAUGGUGCUUGAGUCGGGGGUGCUUCCUCCGCCUCUGCAGCUCUACGCCGCUGCUGCUGCCCACUUAGCACCAAGACCUCCAUGGGCUCCUCUGCUACAAUUUCCCGCUGCUGCUCAGCUGUUCGGUCAAUUUCCUGGAGCGUUUUCGCCAUUGAAUCGACCGAGGUAUCCGCAUGGACUUGGGCCAGGAAUGCGAACGCAACCUGGACCACCUUCGGAAGACUCCGGCAGCGAAUUAAAUGGUAAAGGAGCUGGAAGUGGUGGUGAAGCUGAUUCGGAAUCAGCAGCAUCAAAAAGGAGACGAAGUAGAACCAAUUUUAAUAGUUGGCAAUUAGAAGAGUUAGAAAGGGCGUUUAUAGCAAGCCAUUACCCUGAUGUUUUUAUGAGAGAGGCCUUAGCUAUGAGAUUAGACCUUAAAGAAAGCAGAGUAGCUGUAUGGUUUCAAAAUAGACGUGCGAAAUGGCGAAAAAAAGAACACACAAAAAAAGGACCGGGCCGACCAGCGCACAAUGCACAUCCUCAAUCUUGUUCGGGAGAACCCAUUCCUCCGGCGGAACUUAAGGCAAGAGAGCGGGCGCGAAGAAGAAAAAAGUUACAAAAAGCUUUGGAGAGACAAGCACGGAAACUUAGAGCGAAAGGAAUACCAGUAGACCUAAUAGCCUUAAAAAAAGAAUACCUCGCCCAACGCGGCACCGACACGCUGGACAGCGAUUCAGAUAUCGACGUCGUUGGGGAUUCGGGCGCAGAAUCUGAAAACUUCGGUGAUAACUCGAUGUUCGCGCCCUCUAUGACUGAAAGUAGUGAUAACGGUAUGGACCUAAGUUCAAACCCGCACGAGCACGACGAUAAAAGCCGAGUGCGGCCGAAUCCGUUUAGCAUAGAUUCUUUAUUAAACAACAACACUUGAACUAACGUAGAUUUUUUUGGGCCGUGUAAAUAUUAUGGGCAUUGUUGUGUUUGAGAAUAUUUUAUUUAUUUUUUUUUUAAAUUUAUGUUGCGAAUGUAUACAAGAUUUUCUUUUAAUUAGGCGGGUAAAUUUCUUUUUUCUGAUUAAAAGUGCUUUAUUAUAAAUAGUUUUUAUAUAGGGUUGUUGUUUUUCUUUAAAGUUAUUAUUAUAAUGUGCAAUACGGUUUUCUCUUUAUUGUUCAAAGGCAUUAAUUUAUUUUUAUAUAUAAGAGCGUUAUAAUAUAUGAAUGGCACUACUGAAUACCUAAAAUUGUUAUUUUUAUAGCCAAAAAUAUAGAGAACUAAAACUGAAAAGUGACUAGAGAAAGAUAAAAUCAAGUAAAAUUUAAAAUGGUUUUCUAAAUUGGUUUGAUCAAAAUUAUGUUAUGGAAAAUAUAUAUUUAUAUUUUGUCUAUUAACUUUUUUAUUAAAAUUUUUUUUUUUAAUUAGAAAAAUUUUAAUAGAAUCUUCUCGACACAAAAACAUCGGAAUUUGUAAAUUAUGUAGAUCUUGAAAAUUGAAAAAAGAACUAAACAUUAUCUUAUCUAAAGAGCACUUUUCAUAAAUUUGACUUGGAAAAAAGGAACUGAAGGCAGAAGUCGUCGAACCCAUUGCUCCUAUUUGAUUUUAUAAUUAAAAUUGUGUCCACUCAUAAUUAUUGUAAUCGCCAGGAACUUACUUUAUAGCAAGUUUUAAACCAAAAACAUUUAAAAUAUUUGGUAUUUAAAUGAAAAUAGUGAAAAAACUUGAACCAGCCAUUUUAUUUUUAUCAGAGCAAAAUUAGUCCGUACUAUAAAAUUAUAUUCUGUAAAAAUGUACAUUGCAACAAUAACUAAUUAUUUUGUGAUACUUCUUCCUGUUAUACUACUUAAGAAUUGUACAUAUAGAGUUAAUACAUAUCUUUAGUUAUAACUGACAUAAUUUAUUUAAAUAACUGUACAUAAUAGUCCAUAAUACCUUGUGUAAAAACCAGCUGUAUAUUUAUUUUACAUGUAACUAAAGUGCAGAUAUUUUUAGCUUUUUCAUAAUGCAUGUAAAAAGAAAACAUUUAAAUAGGCUAGAGUGUAUUUAUAGAACUUUAAAAGUACCUUAAUAAUAAAUCAAUAGGUUAGAUCAAAGAUUUUAAAGCAGUAUAUAGGGGAAUAAGUCAGGGUGUGUCAAAAUUUACUGCCCUAGAAUAUUCCAAAAAACCUAUUACUUGACACUUUUAUUUGUACAAUUUUCACUGAAUCAUCGAAGAUACAUUAUUACCUGGAUAAAUAAGUGUGGUCACAUUUUUUGUUGGAAAUAACAAACUAAAAUAUAAUUAGGUUGAAAUAAAUUCAGUAUUUAUUCCUUAUAAA